AUGAGUCUGUUCAGAUGCUCUCGGCUCCUUCUCUGCUCCUCCGGCAUCUCCCCAAAUCUCUGUCCCAGUUCUGACAAGAGCCACGACUCUCCCGCGACUCACCCACGACUCACCCACGACUCACCCACGACUCUCCCGCGACUCACCCACGACUCACCCACGACUCUCCCGCGACUCACCCACGACUCACCCACGACUCUCCCGCGACUCACCCACGACUCACCCACGACUCUCCCGCGACUCACCCACGACUCACCCACGACUCACCCACGACUCACCCACGACUCUCCCGCGACUCACCCACGACUCACCCACGACUCUCCCGCGACUCACCCACGACUCUCCCGCGACUCACCCACAAUUCACCUACGAUUCAUAAAAAAUAUCUCAAUCUUUGCCCAAAAUUUUGGUGAAAUCUGA